AUGAGCAGACCCCAUGUUGUGGUUUUACCCUUUCCUGCUCAAGGACAUGUCAAUUGUCUAAUGAACCUCUCUCAUAAAUUAGCCCAAAAUGGCUUCAAAAUCACCUUUGCCAACUCUGAUUACAACCACAAGAGAAUGUUGAAGGCAAUGAAUAUGGAAGAGACUGAGGAGAGCUUGCCUUUCACAUUAGUGUCAAUUCCAGAUGGUAUGGGACCCGAAGAUGACAGAAAUGACGUUGCCAGGUUAUGUUUGGCAAUGCUGAAGACCAUGAAAGCGGAGUUCGAGAAGCUUCUAGAACAUAGCAUUCUUAAAGAUGGUGACAGAAUCACUUGUGUGGUGGCAGAUGCGAGUAUGGCAUGGGCUUUAGAAGUUGCACAUAAGUUUGGUAUUAAAGCUGCUGUCAUCUGUGUUGCAUCUGCAGCUCUUUUAGCCUUGAAACUUCAUGCGCCGAAGCUCAUUGAAGAUGGACUCAUAGAUUCUAAUGGAAUCCCAAUUGCAAAAGGAGAAUUUGAGCUAUCCCUAGAUAUUCCUAAGAUGAGCACAACUCACAUUCCAUGGUGUUGUAUAGGAAACUCAGCCUCUCAAAAGAUAAUAUUCAAUUACAUUUUAAGAAUAGUAAGAGCUUCAAACUUAACAGAUUGGUGGCUUUGCAAUACCAUUUUUGAACUUGAGCCUGGAGCUUUCACUUUAUACCCCAAGAUCCUUCCCAUUGGGCCAUUAAUGAAGAGCCAUGAGAGCUCAGGUACUCAGUCACUAAUUGGACAAUUCUGGGAGGAGGACAAAUCAUGCUUGAAAUGGCUAGAUCAGCAGCCUCCUUGUUCUGUCAUAUACGUUGCCUUUGGCAGCUUCACUGAGUUCAAUACAAGCCAGUUUCAAGAGCUAGCUCUUGGACUUGAGCUUACUCAGAGGCCUUUUCUUUGGGUUGUUAGGGAAAAUGACAAAGGUAAAGACUCAAAAUUGACAUACCCAGAUGGGUUUGAAGGCAAAAACGGGAAAAUUGUUAACUGGGCACCUCAACAUGAUGUUUUGAGCCACCCUGCAAUAGCUUGUUUUGUUAGUCAUUGUGGUUGGAUUUCUGUCAUGGAAGGUUUGAUCAAUGGUGUGCCUUUUCUGUGUUGGCCAUACUUUGGUGACCAUUUUUUUGACAAGAUUUAUAUUUGUGAAGCCUGGAAAGUUGGACUGGGAUUUGAUUUUGAUGAUCAAGGACUGAUCUCUCGCCAUGAAAUCAAGAGAAAAGUGGACAUCUUGCUUGAAGAUGAAAGCUCAAGGGAAAGGUCCAUGAAGCUGAAGAAGAUUAUCAGCAAUAACUUAAGAGAUGGGGGUAUCUCAUUCGAGAAUUUAGCUAACAAUUCUGGCCGCUGCGCGACCAACCUUGACUACCCUGCUAGCGACCCUGGAGCUCCGGCAACCGGUUACUGGAGUUCUGGUGACCGAUUGUCGGAGUUCCGAUGA